AUGCAGCUUGAAAAUAGGACCUUCAUUGUCACCGGGGGAUCUUCCGGCUUAGGCCGGGCGACAGCACAGGCUUUGGCUCAUAGUGGCGCGCGCGUUGCUUUGUUUGACCUGGCUGAACCUAUUGACGCCGCAGAAGAAGAUCUUCCAUCCGAGCUAGUGAGGUUCUACCCGGUCGACAUAUCAUGCACUACAGACAUCACCAAGGGAGUGAGUGAUGCCAUUGAGUGGAGUCAGAAUACGAAAGCUCCGAUUGGUGGGGUAGUUUGUUGUGCGGGCAUCCUAGCUCCAGGAAAAAUUAUGAAUUCCUCCUUCGAGCCUCUGGAACUUGCGAAGUUACAACAAGCCAUUAACGUGAACCUUGUCGGGUCUCUCGACCUCAUCCGACAAGUCGUUCCUCACAUGGCUCAACUACCCGAGUCGAUCGAUCCCGACGAUGAGUCCGAAAGAGGUGUGAUUGUUAUGGUAUCUUCGGCUGCAGCGUACGAUGGGCAGCAAGGCCAGGUGGCUUACGCGGCUACCAAGGGAGCCAUACGGUCUCUGACAUUGCCAUUGGCGAGGGACCUAUCCCGAUACGGCAUCCGAGCUGUAUCUAUUGCGCCAAACAUGUUCUCUACUCCGAUGACCGCUCAAGGAAAGAUGCCGGAAAGAGCACGAAAGGCUAUCGAGGACCACUUUGAAUGGCCAAAGCGAGCGGGGAAACCGGAAGAGUUCGGCGGGUUUGUUUUGGAGAUAUUUAGGAACCGGAUGCUCAAUGGAUGCUGUCUGAGACUUGAUGGUGCAAUGAGACUCCCUGGAAAAUUUUGA